CUUCCUUUUUGGGUUCCAUAUGGGCGUUAUCGCUUCUUUCCUUAGGGAAGUUGGGAAAAAAGAGAGGGAUUUCUAUUUCCUUUGCGCUUAAUGAUUAUGACUGGUGCUCUGGCGCUUCAUGGGAGUUUGACCAUAUUCUCAUUUUUGUUGUUUUUGCCUUGCGACUGCCAUUUCCUUCACCUACCUAUCUACCUAGUUUUCUCUUUUUGCUUUGGUUCUCGCAAGCUGUCUCCUGUAUGCGUUCAAGCGUCACCUCCUAUUACUUUCCUUUUGUACAGUCAUGGCGCAAGUUUCUUUUGCUCUCUCCUUUGUCGGGGUACGCUUUUAAUGCUUCAUGAUGAGUUAAGAACGUAGACUCCACU